AAACCCAAGCCCUGGCCCCGAGCGCCGGGCUCCGGGAGCUGAGUGGUGGUCCCACCACGCUGAAAAAGCGUGAUGGAGUACCCAGUGAUGGAAACUGGUUCACUUUUUACCUCAGGAAUUAAAAGACAUGUGAAAGAGAAAAGAAUUUCAAAGGCUGCUAAGUUGAAUAUUUCUCUUGCUUCAAAAAUCAAAACAAAAAUAAUAAACAAUUCUUCUAUUUUCAAAAUUUCUUUAAAGCACAACAACAGGGCAUUAGCUCAGGCUCUUAGCAGAGAGAAAGAGAAUUCUCGAAGAAUUACAACUGAAAAGAUGCUAUUGCAAAAAGAAGUGGAGAAACUGAAUUUUGAGAACACAUUUCUUCGUCUAAAGCUAAAUAAUUUGAAUAAGAAGCUUAUAGAAAUAGAAGCACUCAUGAACAAUAACUUGAUAACUGCAAUUGAAAUGAGCACUCUUUCUGAGUUCCAUCAGAGUCCCUUUCUUCUGCCAAGUAGCAAGAAGAAACGGGUUAGUAAACAGUGCAAAUUGAUGCGUCUUCCAUUUGCAAGGGUUCCAUUAACUUCAGAUGAUGAUGAUGAAGAUAAAGAGAAAAUGCAGUAUGACAAUAUCAUGUCAAAGACAUCACCUGAUAACCCCUCUUUGGUAUCAACUCAGCAUAACUUGGAAUUGUUAUUUCUUAAAGAAAGUGAUCAGAAUGUUUAUGGUGUAAAUGAUUCCAAACACAUUUCUUCUAUUGUUGAUAUACUUCCGAAAGAAAGCCAUUCCCACUCAGACCAAAGUUCCAGGAGUUCUCUAAUGAGUGAGAUGAAAAAUGCCCAGUCGAUGAGCCACAGAAAGAAGUCAUCUCCUAGUAAUGUGACUAAGAGGAAAAAACGUGUAUCAUCUUGGGAAUCAAAUAAUCCUGCAGACACUCCCUGUGUAACAGAUUUGGAUCAACAACAGAUUUCAAGUCCAAUAUUAAAUUGGAAUAAUGAAAUAAAAGAUUGUACUAACAAAGCAAAUAUUAAAAUGCAAAGAAACAUAAUGUGCCUUCCUGCCUCAUCUGAGUCUGCAAGUGAACCUACUGCAGAGGGCGUGAAUCCAGUUCAGGGUAAUGAUGACUUUCAAUUGCAAAAAACUGUGUAUGAUGGUGACAUGGAUUUAACUGCUAGUGAAGUAAGCAAAAUUGUUACAGUUUCAACAGGCACUAAAAAUAAAAGAGAUAAUAAAAAACCAAAUGAUUGUGGAAUGAAAACUUUCAGAAAAGUGAAAGAUCCAAGCUCUGAAAAAAAGAGAGAAAGAUCAAAGAGACAAUUUAAAAAUAGUUCAGAUGUGAAUAUUGAGGACAAGAUCAAAAAUGGACCGGAAAGAAGAUCUGUUGUCCUGGAUGGCAAAGGGGAUUCAGAAGAACCAAAUUUUAUUUUCAGUACUGAACAGCUGACUCAGUUGAACAUGCUGAAGAAAAUAACCCUUCACAAUGGCUUUGAUCAGGAUGACAGACCAAGUACACAGUAUAACAAAAAGAGGAAAAUAAUUCAUGUAACAGAUGAUCAAGAGGAACCAUUCUCUUUCUCCCGAAGUUCAGAUAAAUUCCAGCAGGACAGUAAAUUUGAUGUGGGUCCUAGUUCUCUAGCUUAUAAGAAAAGUAAAACUUCUAGACAGACAUUUGUGAUUCAUACGUUAGAAAAAGAUAACUUAUUCCCAAACCAAAAGGUUAAAGAAACCACCUCUGAAAACCUAGGAGUCACAAGUGAAUUUCAAACAGCUUAUCUUUCCAACAAAGAUAAUGGAAAGUUAUGUGAUUAUGAGACCCAAAAUAUGUUAGAUUUGAAAAAGCAUGUCACUGAUAGGCAACCCACUCAGCAAAAUGAACCAAAAAUAAAUAAGAAGCUUAGGCAGAAAAUAAAUCGGAAGACAGAAAUAAUUUCUGAAAUGAACCAAAUACUUGGGGAUAAUGCCAAAGAUGUGCAAGGUCCAGAAAAAGGUAACUUUUCCUUCCAAACCCGAGAGGAUAAAGAAAUCAUCUCUGGAAACCUAGAAGUUUCAAAUGACUUUCAAAAAUCUGGUGUUUCCACUAGCAAUAAUGGAAACCUGUGUGAUUGUGAGACCCAGAAUGUAUUGGGUCUGCAAAAGCAGAUCACCGAUGUGUACCCUGUUCAGCAGAAUGAAUCAAAAAUUAAUAAGAAUCUUAGGCAGAAAGUAAAUCGGAAGACAGAAAUCAUUUCCGAAGUGAAUCUUUUAGAUAAUAACAAAAGUGGGUAUUGCCCAGAAAAGGGUAACUCUUUCUUCCUAACCCAGGAUAAAGAAAUUAUCUCUGAAAACCUAGAAGGCACAAGUGCGUUUCAAACACCUGCUCUUGCUUCCAAAGAUAGUAGAAACGUAUAUGAUUAUGACACUCAGAAUGUUUUGGGGGUGAAAAAGCAUGUUUAUGAUAUAAAACCUGCUUGUCAAAAUGAAUCAAAAAUAGAUAAGAAGCUUAGGCAAAAGGUAUGUCGGAAGACAGAAAUCAUUUCUGAAAUCAACCAAAUAUAUAAGAAUGAUGACAAAGGAAUGCGUGACCCAGAAAAAGGUACCUUCUUUUCCCUAACCCCAAAGGAUAAAGAAACCAUUUCUGAAAACGAAGUCACAAAUGAAUUUCAGACGAUUUAUCUUCCCACCAAAAAUAAUAGAAAUUUAUAUAAGACCCAGAAUAUGUUGGAUUUGAGAAAGCAUGUCACUGAUAAGGAACCCGCUCAGCAGAAUGAAUCAAAAAUAAAUAAGCUUAGGCAGAACGUAAAUCGAAAGACAGAAAUAAUUUCUGAAAUGUACCAGAUAUAUGAGGAUAAUGAUAAAGAUGUGCAUGGCCAAGAAAGCUAUACAAAAGAUCUUAAUUUUAAAAUAAAUAAAUCUAAACAAAGACUUGAAGGCCAAGGUAUUAGUGGAUACUGUAUGGAAAUCAACAGUAAUGAAAAAGAAAAUUGUGGUCAAAUUUCAAAUCCUUACAAACCAGUUAAAAAGCAUGGGAAAGAAUCAUCAGGCAAGGCAAAGAACAUUUUGGCAAAAGGUAACAACAAACCUAUUUUGCACUUAACAGGUUCUUCACAGACAUCUGUCUCCUUAGAACUCGGUUUAAAACACACUACUGAUGAGACAGAUUCUGACCCUGGAAACCAAAUGGAACUACAUAAGAAUCCAAAGCAAAGCACUACAACUCUGAAUAAAAAGAGAGAUAUCCCCUUCAUGGAAGUGACAAAGGAAGGAGAGUGCCAGGUCAAAAAAAUAAAUAAAAUGACAUCCAAAUCAAAGAAAAGGAAGACCUUCGUAGACCCUUCUCCAGAUAGUCAUGAACUAAUGGAGAUAAUAUCUGACACCGUUCAGGGAAUAUCAGUUGAAUCCGAAUAUGCUGUUAAGGAAAAAAAUUUGGAAAAUGAGGAAAUUGUCAAAAUUAAGCCAGACUUUCACACAAAAAUGUUGAAAUCUUUAUCUCAGAUAUGUUCACCUAACAGACAAGAUUCUUCCUUUAACAGUGUUCCUGAGGGUUCAAAACCUUUGAGUGUUUCUUCUAAUAAAAAUAUGAAAGAAAAUUUUGCUCUGGAGAGCUCACCCAUCUUUCAAAUAAGUGAUGAUGUGCAUGAGAUGAUGAAAAAGAUGAAUUUUAAAAUCAACCAAAGAACACAAAGAUCAGAAAUAGGUAUUAGAAUGCUACAGGACUUGACAAAUGCCAGUUUUGUUUCAAAUAACACUGCUAAAUCUGAAAACAAGUUAGAAGAUCUAUCUUCGGAGCUGUCAAGCCGAAGAAGAAGGUGUACUCCUCUCUCUUUAAAAGAGCCAAGUCUCAAAGGGGCUACACAAGACUGGUCCGAUAAUGUGGAAAAGCUGCGAAUUGGAGCCAGCUAUGGCUGCUGA